ACAGUCCAAAUGCUGGUUUUAGCAGUUGAGUUUCAGUUUUUGUCCACUUCAUUUCCCAGCAAUUUACAUUUAUAUAAUUAAAUUAUUAAUUAUUAUUAACUACUUUUGAUCUCCCCCUUUUAAAACCCUAAUUUCACUCUUAAUAAACUGAUCAAUUCAAUCAAUUAAACUGAUAAUCUUGCUUUAAUUCCCAAAAAGAUUUGAUCUUUUUGCACGACUAUGAAUAAUUCGCGUAGCCCAUCUUCAGUUUCUUCAUCUGAUGAUUCUGCUUCUGUUGCCACUACACAACAGAAUGCUGGACGGAGUCUUAGAAGUGCUGAUGGGAGUAACUCGUUAUCAUCGGGACAAGCUCUGGAGGUUACACGUCGCUGGAGGGAUGUCUUCUGGUCAGUAGUCUUUGUGGCUCAUUUGAUUUGCUUAGGAGUUGUUCUUGGGGUUCUAGGUUUGAAUAGGUUUAGGAAGAAGGACAGGCUUAAUAUAGAUAGAUACACAUCUCGAAUACUAGAGAAUCAAGCAGGUUUAACGGAGGACUACUGGCCACUGUAUGCUGUUGCUUGUGCAGUUGCAACGGUCCUUGGGUGGACAUGGUUGUUGCUGCUUGGCUCACGGGCAAACCAGAUGAUGAAGUUCUCAGUUCAUAUUUUGACUACUUAUCUUGCUGUGAUCAGUGUUUUCUGCUUUUGGACCGAACAGUUCUUUUGGGGUGUUGUUUUCGCCAUUGGUUCUGGUUUGCAGUUCUUGUACGUCAUGGCUGUUAUAGACAGGUUUCCAUUUACCAUGCUGGUGCUGCUAAAAGCAGUGAAGUUGGUCUGGAAUUAUCCUGAAGUUAUGAGAGUAGCAUGUGCAUUUAUGAUGGUAAUGCUUUUGUGGCUAGGACUAUGGUCCUUUGGAGCAGCUGGAGUUGUGGCUUCAAGCAUGGGUGAUGGUGGACGCUGGUGGCUACUUGUGGUACUAUCUGUAAGUUUGUUUUGGACAGGUGCAGUUCUCUGUAAUACAGUACAUGUUAUAGUUUCUGGGAUGGUGUUCCUUGUUCUUUUUCACGGUGGUCGAGAAGCAGCCUCAAUGCCUCACAAACCACUCAUGAAAUGUCUAAGAUAUGCCGUGACAACGUCUUUUGGCAGUAUCUGCUAUGGAUCACUCUUUACAGCUGCUAUAAGAACAUUACGAUGGGAGAUUAGAGGAUUUAGGUCAAAGAUUGGGAACAAUGAAUGUUUGCUCUGCUGUGUUGAUUUCUUGUUUCACCUGGUGGAGACUCUUGUUCGGUUUUUUAACAAGUACGCCUACGUCCAGAUUGCAAUAUUUGGAAAAAACUUCAACAAAUCAGCGAGAGAUGCAUGGGAGUUGUUCCAGUCAACUGGUGUUGAAGCUCUUGUUGCGUACGAUUGUUCCGGAUCAGUUCUUCUGAUGGGUGCUCUUUUGGGCGGCCUCCUUAGUGGAACUUGUGCAGGAGUUUGGACAAGGAUUAAGUAUCCUGACAGGGUGAUUAUGGUUGGAUCCACUGCCAUGUUGAUGGGCAUGAUCUUGGUUGGGGUCGCAAUGGUUGUGGUAGAAAGUGCUGUUACAUCCAUAUACAUUUGUUUCGCAGAAGACCCUUUGUUGAUACAAAGGUGGGACUCUGACUUCUUUGACCAGAUGUCUGAGACGCUACACCAGCGUUUGCAGCACAGGAGUGCUCGAGCAAGGGAAGUAUUAAAUCAUAGAAGAGUUGAGGAACGGAUACAAGAAACAUUACCCAUCUGAUAUUUUAUCUGCCUUUGUGCUUAAUUAGUUUAGAAGUUUGUAAUUUAUAUUCUCUAGAUAUGAGUCAAUUGUAUAAAAGCUUUCCUUUAGUGUCACUUCCUAAAGUCCGAGUUUCAUUCAGUGUAACCGUGACAGAUUUAGCAACAACAGUUGUUGAAGAUUUAAGAUUCUAAUGUUAAUGUAGUGUGAUUAGGAUUCAAUGGAGAAUCAAACUGAUAUGAGAACAUAGACAAUCCGGUUAUCAUUGGAUAAAUGAAA